AUGGAUGCCCAAAUUCAGAUUCCAAUUCCUAAGGAUGCUGCCAUCCAGAACCAGUGCCAAGAACCUCAAGAAAAGGAGGUUGAUUAUGCGCAAAGGGCGCAGUGGCUCAGAGCUGCAGUGCUGGGAGCCAACGAUGGAUUGGUUUCUAUCGCGUCAUUGAUGAUGGGCAUUGGGGCUGUUAAAAAAGACGUACGAGCAAUGUUUCUUGCAGGUUUUGCAGGACUAGUUGCCGGGGCAUGUAGCAUGGCAAUCGGGGAGUUCGUCUCUGUGUACUCUCAGCUAGACAUCGAAGUGGCUCAAAUGAAAAGAGACCAAAGAGUGCAACAAAACGGAGAGGAAAGCGACGAUUCGGAGAAGGAAGAGAAGGAAAAUCUGCCAAAUCCAUUUCAAGCAGCUUUGGCAUCAGCCCUUGCAUUCUCAUUUGGAGCCAUAGUGCCUUUGAUGGCUGCUGCAUUCAUAGCAAACCAUAAGUUGAGGUUGGUUGUGGUGAUUUGUGCAGUAAGCCUGGCGUUGGUCGUUUUCGGCGUGAUUGGAGCAGUGUUGGGGAAGACUCCUGUGGUGAAAUCUUGUGCCAGGGUGCUCAUAGGAGGCUGGAUGGCUAUGGCUGUCACAUUUGGACUCACCAAGCUUGUUAACUCUGCUGGAUUAGAAAUGUGA